AUGAGCCCUUGCGGGCCCCUCAACCUGAGCCUGGCGGGCGAGGCGACCACGUGUACAGCACCCGGGGCCUCCAACGCGUCCGCCGGACCGCUGUCGGACCUGGCGGGCGCGUCGCCCGCGCUGCCCAUCUUCUCCAUGACGCUGGGCGCCGUGUCCAACGUGCUGGCGCUGGCACUGCUGGCGCAGGCCGCGGGCCGUCUGCGGCGCCGCCGCUCGGCAGCCACCUUCCUGCUGUUCGUCGCCAGCCUGCUGGCCACCGACCUGGCGGGCCACGUGAUCCCGGGUGCGCUGGUGCUGCGCUUGUACGCGGCGGGGCGCUCGCCGGCCGGCGGCGCCUGCCACUUCCUGGGCGGAUGCAUGGUCUUCUUCGGCCUGUGCCCGCUGUUGCUGGGCUGCGGCAUGGCCGUGGAGCGCUGCGUGGGCGUCACGCGGCCGCUGCUGCACGCAGCCGGCGUCUCGGUGGCCCGCGCGCGGCUGGCGCUGGCCGCGCUGGCCGCCGUGGCCUUGGCCGUGGCGCUGCUUCCAUUGGCGCGCGUGGGCCGCUACGAGCUGCAGUACCCGGGUACGUGGUGCUUCAUCGGUCUGGGUCCGGCGGGAGGCUGGCGCCAGUCGUUGCUCGCCGGCCUUUUCGCCGGCCUCGGCUUGGCCUCGCUGCUCGUCGCGCUCGUGUGCAACACGCUCAGCGGCCUGGCCCUGCUGCGCGCCCGCUGGCGCCGCCGCUCUCGACGGCACUUCCCGGCUGGAGGCCCCGACAGCCGCCGUCACUGGGGAGGGAGCGGACCCCGCCAGGCCUCCGCCUCGUCCGCCUCGUCCGCCUCGUCCGUCGCUUCGGCCUCCGCCGCCCCCGGCGGCUCCCUGGGCCGUGGCUCAGCGCGGCGAGCCCGUGCCCACGACGUGGAGAUGGUGGGCCAGCUCGUAGGCAUCAUGGUGGUGUCGUGCAUCUGCUGGAGCCCCCUGCUGGUGUUGGUGGUGCUGGCCAUCGCGGGCUGGGGCUCCAGCUCCCUGCAGCGGCCGCUGUUUUUGGCCGUGCGCCUCGCCUCGUGGAACCAGAUUCUGGACCCCUGGGUGUACAUCUUGCUGCGCCGGGCUGUGCUUCACCAACUGCUUCGCCUCCUGCCUUCAAGGGCAGGUGCGAAGGGCAGCCCCACGGGGCUGGGCCUAAUGAGCGCUUGGGAGGCCAACUCGCUGCGCAGCUCCCAGCACAGCGGCCUCAGUCACUUCUAGGGGCGCCCGGCGGCUAAGCCAGACCACCCGGGGCGGGGCCGGCCUCUGGUCCGCAGCUCGGAGACUUCGGGGACUAAAACCUUUUUUUGCGGACAAGCCCAGGGCGGUGCGUCCCGUCGUGGCUGCAGCACCUUUGCGGCCGCGCGGGGGCCGCAGAGGUGCUGUGUACGCCUCCGGGGUGUGCAGUUCCGGGACUAGUCACGCGGGGGCGCAGAGACGCAGAGCCGGAGGAACAUGCGCACAACGCCGUAGCCGCAGUCUUGGGGCGGUGGCUCGGCUAGGAGCAGAGUGGGAGGGUUGGGGGGCGCUUUUCGCCCCUGCUGCCGUCAUGAGUGACUCCCGCAACCAUUCGCUCAUUGUGGCCCUGAGCUCCCCCACACAACCCCAAGUCCCUGCCCCCCAAACUAUGCCCCAUCACUGGCCUCUACCCCCGGAAGUCCCUCAACACAGCUCCGAGCCCCCUCCCAUGGCAGCCUGCCCAUGCUCCCCACCAUAAUAACAGCCCCGAGUCUCCACCAUCCCUUGGCCCCCUUCAAAUGAUCCCCCACCAUAAUCCAGGGCCUCUCCCCGUCACUCCCUACGCCGCCGGCCACGUAUCACAU